UAUUGCUGGGGGCGAGCAGACAGCCGGCGUUAGGGAGGCGGGGCCGGAGCCGGACAGAGGGACAGGCAGGCAGGGGUCACACAGACAGAUGGACAGAUGGACAAGCAGUGGUCACAGAGACAGAUGGACAGGCGGUCACACAGACAGACAGACAGGCAGCAGGCACACAGACAGACAGACAGGCAGCAGGCACACAGACAGACAGACAAGACAGACAGCCGGUCACACAGACAGAUGGACAGGCAGCGGUCACACAGACAGAUGGACAGACAGUCACACAGACAGACGGACAGAUGGACAGGCAGGCAGGCAGCGGUCACACAGACAGACAGCGGUCACACGGACAGGCAGCGGGCACACAGACAGGCAGCGGGCACACAGACAGACAGACAGGCAGCGGUCACACAAACAGACAGACGGACAGAUGGACAGGCAGGCAGGAGGGGGUCACACAGACAGACAGGCAGCAGUCACAGAGACAGAUGGACAGACGGUCACACAGACAGACAAGACAGACAGCGGUCAUACAGACAGACAGACAGCUGGUCACACAGACAGAUGGACAGACGGUCACACAGACAGACAGCGGUCACACGGACAGGCAGCGGGCACACAGACAGAUGGACAGACGGUCACACAGACAGACAGCGGUCACACGGACAGGCAGCGGGCACACAGACAGACAGACAGGCAGCGGUCACACAAACAGACAGACAGGCAACGGUCACACAGACAGACAGACAGACAGGCAGCGGUCACACAGACAGACAGACAGCCGGUCACACAGACAGACAGGCAACGGUCACACAGACAGACAGGCAGCCGGUCACACAGACAGACAGACAGCCGGUCACACAGACAGACAGGCAGCGGUCACACAGACAGACAGGCAGACAGCGGUCACACAGACAGACAGACAGGCAACGGUCACACAGACAGACAGACAGACAGGCAGCGGUCACACAGACAGACAGACAGCCGGUCACACAGACAGACAGGCAGCGGUCACACAGACAGACAGGCAGCCGGUCACACAGACAGAUGGACAGACGGUCACACAGACAGACAGACAGACAGCGGUCACACAGACAGACAGGCAGCGGUCACACAGACAGACAGGCAGACAGCGGUCACACAGACAGACAGACAGGCAACGGUCACACAGACAGGCAGGCAGACAGCGGUCACACAGACAGACAGGCAGCGGUCACACAGACAGACAGGCAGCGGUCACACAGACAGACAGACAGCCGGUCACAUAGACAGAUGGACAGACGGUCACACAGACAGACAGGCAGACAGCGGUCACACAGACAGAUGGACGGGCAAGCAGACAAGUGGUCAGCUGGUAACCCAGGCAGACAGACGGGCAGGCAGAUGGAUGAACAGGAAGCCGGUCACACAGACAGACAGCCAGUCCCACAGACGGACAAACAGAUGGACAGCCAGUCCCACAGACGGACAAACAGACGGACAGCCAGUCCCACAGACGGACAAACAGACAGACAGCCAGUCCCACAGACGGACAAACAGACGGACAGCCAGGCACACAGACGGACAAACAGACGGACAGCCAGGCACACAGACAGACAAACGGCUCCAACAAUUGAACCCCAGCACGCUC